AGUACCAGGAGUCUUAGCGUGACCUCUACAUACAACAGUUGAAAACACUGGAGCUGAGGUUGAAUCGAUUGUGGAAUGGGCUGUGAAUUAAAAUUGAGCGAGGAGGUGAUUUGAAUAAUCAAACGUAUUACUCCUAGGUAUUACCUACGUCAAAAAGGCAUAUGUGCUCCGAGCCGCUUGAUUUCCGACUCUGGGUGCUCAGUGUGACAGUCGGUGUUGAAGAGUCUGUUCCUGCAGUGCAACAACAUGGGUGUGAUUGGCGUGCAGCUGGUUGUUACCAUGGUAAUGGCCAGUGUCAUUCAGAAGAUCAUACCUCACUACUCCUUUGCAAGAUGGCUACUCUGCAGUGGCAGUCUGAGGUGGUACCAGCACCCGACCGAAGAUGAGCUGAGGAGCCUCGCCGGGAAGCAGCAAAAAGGGAAGAACAAGAAGGAGAGGAAAUACAAUGGUCACAUAGACAACAAGCCACUCACCAUUCCCAAGGAUAUUGACCUGCAGUUGGAAACUAAGACCAUCUCGGAAGUGGACACAUUAGCCUUGCACUACUUCCCCGAAUUCCAGUGGCUGGUGGACUUCACAGUGGCGGCCACGAUAGUGUACCUCAUUACAGAGAUCUACUACAGCCUGUUCGAGCCCAGCGGCGAGAUGAACAUCAGUGUGGUGUGGUGCCUGCUGGUUCUGGCCUUUGUGAUCAAGGUCCUGUUCUCUCUGACUGCUCACUACUUCAAGGUGGAGGAAGGCGGGGAGAGGUCUCUCUGCAUCACCUUUGCCUUCUUCUUCUUCGUCAAAGCCAUGGCCAUCCUCAUCGUCACUGAGAACUACCUGGAGUUUGGGCUCGAAACGGGAUUUGCUAACUUUUCAGAAAGUGCCGUGCAGUUUCUCGAGAAUCAGGGUCUGGAGUCGCAGGGUCCCAUCUCCAAACUGACCUUCAAGCUGAUCCUGGCCCUCCUCUGCUCCCUGAUCGGGGCCUUCCUGACCUUCCCUGGCCUGCGGCUGGCUCAGAUGCACCUGGACGCCCUCACCCUGACCACGGCCAAAGUUACGCAGACCCUGCUGCAUAUCAACUUUCUGGCCCCGCUAAUAAUGGUGCUCCUGUGGGUGAGACCAAUAACUAAAGACUACAUAAUGAACCCCACUCUGGGAAAAGAGAGUGUGCCUUUGAUGACGGAGAACACGUACGACACGCUACGCCUUUGGGCCAUCCUGCUGCUCUGCGCCCUCCGGCUGGCCAUGAUGAGGCACCACCUGCAGGCCUACCUCCACCUGGCGCAGAAGGGCGUGUCCCAGAUGAAGAAGGAGGCGGGGCGAAUCAGCACCGUCGACCUGCAGAAGAUGGUGGCUCGAGUGUUCUAUUACCUGUGCGUGAUAGCGCUGCAGUACAUGGCCCCCCUGGUCAUGCUGUUACACACGACCCUGCUGCUCAAGACCCUGGGAGGCCAUACCUGGGGCGUGUACCCCGAAGAGGAGCUGCCCUGCGACAUGAGCUCUGACCCGGCGGCGGCGGUGGCGGCUGCGGUCCAGCCCCAGCUCCCCCCCGCGGCCCCGCAGGCCCCUGUCUCGGUGGCCCAGCUCUCCAUGGCCCUGGGCGGCCUGAGGAACGUUUUCAGCCCGCUGCUCUUCCGCGGCCUCCUGUCCUUCCUCACCUGGUGGAUCGCCGCCUGCCUCUUCUCCACCUCCCUCUUCGGCCUCUUCUACCACCAGUACCUGAUGGCGGCGUGAGGCCCCGGGGUCCCCCGCCCCCCGGUUUGUCCCAGCUCGGCUCGGCCCCGGCCCCGGCCCCGGCACGGAAAGACACGGCCAGCUCCGCGCUCUUCCUCGCUUGGGGGGCCGCAGCGUCGGAGCCUCCUGCCCACUGUGCUUCCUCCUGGGACGUCUCCCUCGCCCUCUCCAUUUCUUCAGAGAACUCGACUCGCUAAACUCCAUUAACAGUGCAGCGAAAAUAUAUAAUAUUAUGUGUGGGUGUGUGCGCGCACGUACACUCGCACUAGCGUUUAGUGCGCGUGUAUGCACGCUGUACUUAUGUAUGUGUGUGUAUAUGGACCGCCAGUUUGUGUGUAAAUAUACUCACACGCACACACCGACACACAUACGCGCACAUACCCGUCUUGCACAGACUUACAGUGGUGGUUUCUGGGCUUUGCGGUCCGGAGGGAGGAGGAAGGGAGCACAGGUUUGAAAGGGCCGGCGGACUCGGGCUGUUCUGGACUACAAACGCCUGGGGCAAGCCGAGGAGAGAGAGAGAGAGGGGGAGAGAGAACACGCCGAGCACCAGCGGCCGCUCCGGGCCGUUAGGAUAUAUUUAGGCUCCUCUGGACGGAUGGAGGGAAUGUGUUGAAGGGGAGAUGGGAGGGUGGGGGCGGGGGGGAGGGUAAAAAGACAUUUUUAAUAUAAUAGUUUCUUAAUGUGUUGUAUUUUUAUGCCCAGUUGAAACUGAGCCAUAUUCGACGAGAGUGGAACAAUCGGCGUGUUUUUUGACUCGUCCCGCAUAGCUGAGCUACAGGAGAGACGGAGCGGUUUCUGCUCUGUGUGUGUGUGUGUGUGUGUGUGUGUGUGUGUGUGUGUGUGUGUGUGUGUGUGUGUGUGUGUGUGUGUGU